UUCAAAUAUUUUUAUUGAUUAAAAGCAUAUUAAUGCCAAUAAUUGUUAAAUAUUUACAAAAAUAGAAGAAUUUGUUCAUAUGAAAUGACUUUUAAUAUCUAUUGAGAAAAUAGUAAGAAUAUAAAAAAAAUAUCCUUACAUUGUGAAUUUCAUUUUUUGGUUUUUGCGUGGAAGAUGGUAAAUGUUUUGAAAAACCAGUGUAAAAUAAUCCACCCAACGGAUCGGUCCAAUUAAAUUAAAAUGAUUUCAGUUUGUAUUUCGGUCCGGUUAAGAAUGUCAAUUGUAUUGACAAACCUAAAUCCUUUGACCUACUGUGGACUUCUCGCCGUUAGUCUCUCUUCUCCACUUGUCUCGCCGUUCGACCACAUUCUUAGGUGAUAGUAUGGCCUUGGAAGAAGUUGAAGCGCCCCCGGGAAGCAAGAAAGUAAUCAAUUCCAUCCGUCUAGAUAAUGGACUGAAAGCUAUUCUCAUUUCAGAGGAUGGUAUAGGUACAGCCGCUGCAGCGAUGCUGGUUAGAAGCGGAUCUUUUCGAGAUCCGCGGGAUGCUCAAGGUUUGGCGCAUCUUCUAGAACACAUGGUUUUUGAUGGAUCAGACGAAUAUCCAGACGGGAACGAGCUAUCCCGAUUUACGACUCAGUUUUCAAAGCUAUUUAUUCAUCCGCAACUGAAAGCUGACGUUAUGGUUCGUGAGAUCGAACUACUGGAUUCAGAAUUUCAAUUACAUAGGUCAGAUGACAUGACACGUCUUGAGCAGCUCAUUGCAUCUACAGCCCACAAGAAUCUUCCCUUUACAAAGUUUUCAUGGGGCAACAAAAAGUCCCUUUCUGGAAAUGACUUUCUCCAUGACCAACUUUUGAGUAUGUUCAAAACGUAUUUUGUGGGUGCUUCAAUGAAUCUUGUGGUGCAUGGAUCAGCCAACAUAAGUUAUUAUUAUACAUUGGAGCAAUCUAUUUCUGGAGAUUAUACUCAUCUCUCUUGCAACCGCCAAUCAGUUUUAGACCUUCUGAGUUUUUUUACAAAUUCAAAUAUGAGCCUUGAUUUCGUUGAUAAAUCACUUGAUGAAGGAGAAUGCUUAGUGGAAUCGUGGUUCAACUCCUACUACAAACAAACGAAAAUUCCAUCUACCAUUACUGGUGAAUGGCGGCUUCGAUUUCAUGCAAAUCAGCGUUUUCAGUUUCCCCCCAAGAACAACUUUCUUCCGUCUCUCUCUCCAAAUGAGGAUCAUCUUAUGAUUGAGAAUGAUAAUGAGCCUUUAGUUCACAAGUCGCAUAUUAAAUUAUGGCAUUUACCUGACAACGAUGAAGUGCCAAGUGUUAGUUUCAUUGUUUAUCCUGCUUUGUCCUCUGAGUUGAAGAAUCAACUAAUGGUUCACUUGUAUGUGAAUCAUCUAAAAGAUUCUUUGUCAGAAAUCUUAUACCAAGGAGGAGAAGCGAAUUUUGAAACAUCAAUAUUGAUUUUUGAGAAAAUCAAUAUUGAAUUCAAAGUCAGUGGCUUUAAAGAAAAUCUGUUCAACUACAUCUCUGAGAUUUGGAAGCAAUUCAAAUCAUUUACCCAUCCAUACGAAACCACCUUUGAGAUGGUAAAAGAGCUAGUGGAGAAUCUUCUGAAGAAGAGCGUUCUGGAAGUUUCUGGUUAUUCUAACAACUUGAUGUUACAAGAAGUAACAGAAUCAUGUUAUGACAUUGAUCAGAUGUUGAAAUCUCUGUCUUCAAUCUCGUAUGAUGAUUUUGUUCAGUUCAUCCCUCAUAUGUCUUCCAAGAUGUUCAUUGAGGGUCUAUUCAAAGGAGAUAUAUCUAAAGAUGAAUCUUUACACAUGUCCCAUUUAUUUGAAGAGAGUGUAGAAAUUCCUUGUGAUCAGGAAUAUAUACAUAUUCCUCGUGGCACCAAUACAAAGAAUGUCAGAGUUCAAGUUAAUUCUGAUAUCAAUUCUUAUGCCGAGGUUACUUUCCAAAUUGGAUAUGAGAAGUUCUCUGCCAAGAAAACAGCAAUAUUAAAGUUGUUCCACGCAAUGAUAGACCAUAACUUACAAGAUCAACUAAGUGCAAAAGAGAAACUUGGAUACCGUGUUGGUAGCAAUGUUGAUUUUAGGUAUGGAAUCAACCGAUUCGUAAUCAACAUUACUUCUUCAGUGUACGACCCUGCAUAUUUGCUAAGUCGUAUAUACAAUUAUGUAAAGACUCUUGAAGUAUCUCUGGAAGAGGUUCAUGAAGAUACCUUUAAAGGCCACAUAGAGUUCUUGGUUCAGACAUGCCCAGAUCAUGAUGGGGAUGGGGAUGAUCUGUGGGAUCAGAUUACUGAGAAAAGAUUCUGUCAAGGCUUCAAUAAGAAUCUAAUCUCUGAAUUAAAAGAGAUAAGAAAGAAAGAUGUUGUCCGCUUUGUCAAAAAGUACUUGAUAGCAUCAUCCAGUCAUAGCCGUAUACUUGAGGUAUGUAUUUGGGGGUGCAAGACUUCCUUCCCCACAUCUUCUGUAUGAAGAAAUCUCAGCCGUGGAAGCUAAGGGAAAGUGAAGGUCGUGACCAGCUCAAGUCAUCAAUCGAGAAGAUAUAGCCAGCUCUAACUAAUCUAGAUAUUUGCAAUCCAAUUUGAGAACUUUUUCAAAAGUCUCGUGAACUCUUUCUUAUGUCUUGUGAACUCUUUCUUAUGUCUUGUGAACUCUUUCUUACGUUUUGUGAACUUUAUGAAGUCUGGUGAACUCUUUGAACUCAAUUAAGAGUGAAUGGUUAUUAAAAAAUGAAAACUCUUUCUGGAGUCUGGUGAAGUCUGAACUA